GCUUUGUCUUCUCUGUUCUCUCCAUGGAUUCAUUUAGAAAAUGCACAUGGCACAAUCGAAGAAUUUUCUUCACACCAUUCCUCUCUCUGUGGUUGCAAUUCCACUGUCAGAUUUCAUCCCAACGCCUCUCCUCUCCCUCCCCUUCUCUCUGAGUAUCAACCACCUGCUAACUACCGUCUCCUGGUGUCUUUCUCCCGAUAAAGUCACAUCAUUUCACCUUUGUUUGCACUUCCCCUUUGCCCUUUUCUACUGCAUUACUUCUAUUUUGUUUUCUUCUGUUCCUUCUUUGGAAGUAAUCCAUAUUUAAUUUCUUCACGACAAGGAUUCCGAUGGAUUGAUUGGUUGAGUUCCGAUAGGACCUGCAAUACGAAACAAUGCCUACUCCAGCUGUUGCUCAAGAACCCAUAAAUUUUUUCGACGUUCUAUGCAAGUUGGAUUGUUUUUCCUUAGAUUCUAGAGGGUUUUAUCAUUUGGGUUCUAAUGGGUACUCUUCAAAUUUGUCUAAUUUCUUGCGUAGUGAUGGAUUUGGGGGUCUGGUCAUGGAAAAGAAGCCCAAGGUCGUGGCUUCUUUGGGUUUGGGCGGCGGUGCUUCAAGGGUACAGAGGAUUUGGAGGGAGUUUAACAAAGCUGUUAGGUUGCACUGCGAUAGAAUCCCCAUUGGUUUUGCUUCCAUUGGUGUUUCGACUGGGGAAAACGGAUUGAGAGAAGAUGGGUGUGGUGUCUUGGAGGAGGAGGGGAUGAACAUGAACGGGGUUGAGGCGGAGAAUCCAAAAAAGGUGCUUAUUUUGAUGAGUGACACCGGUGGUGGUCAUAGAGCUUCAGCUGAGGCUAUCAAAGCGGCAUUUGAUGAAGAAUUUGGAGAUGAGUAUCAGGUUUUUGUUACGGAUUUGUGGACAGAUCACACCCCUUGGCCGUUUAAUCAAUUGCCGAGGAGCUAUAGCUUUCUGGUGAAGCACGGGCCACUCUGGAAGAUGACAUAUUACGGGUCUGCUCCGCGGUUGGUGCAUCAAUCCAAUUUUGCUGCAACUUCGACAUUUAUAGCUCGGGAAGUUGCAAAAGGACUGAUGAAAUACCAGCCAGAUAUUAUUAUCAGUGUGCAUCCUCUGAUGCAACAUGUUCCUCUUCGUAUACUGAGGGCAAAGGGUCUUCUGAAGAAGAUCGUAUUUACUACAGUUGUGACAGAUUUAUGCACUUGCCAUCCUACAUGGUUUCAUAAGCUUGUCACAAGAUGCUACUGCCCUACGACAGAGGUGGCAAAGCGAGCAGAAAAAGCAGGACUUCAACCUUCCCAAAUUAAAGUUUAUGGCCUCCCUGUGCGAUCUUCUUUUGUCAAGCCUGUUCGACCCAAGGUUGAAUUAAGGAGGGAACUAGGAAUGAAUGAGGAUCUUCCUGCUGUGUUACUUAUGGGUGGUGGAGAAGGCAUGGGCCCUAUUGAGGAUACUGCUCGGGCUCUUGGAAAUACAUUGUAUGAUGAGAGUCUUGGGGAACCGGUUGGCCAGAUUCUUGUGAUUUGUGGCCGUAAUAAAAAACUUGCAAAUAGAUUGCUUUCAAUUGACUGGAAGAUUCCUGUUCAGGUUAAGGGAUUUGUUACUAAAAUGGAAGAGUGCAUGGGGGCCUGUGAUUGCAUUAUUACAAAGGCGGGACCUGGAACUAUUGCAGAAGCUAUGAUACGUGGCCUGCCUAUAAUUCUUAAUGAUUAUAUUGCUGGGCAGGAAGUUGGAAAUGUGCCAUUUGUGGUGGAAAAUGGAUGUGGGAAGUUCUCGAAGUCACCAAAACAAAUAGCUAAUAUUGUUGCUGAAUGGUUUGGUCCAAAGGCUUAUGAGCUCAAGGCCAUGUCUCAGAAUGCAUUGAAACUAGCACGACCGGAUGCAGUUUUUAAGAUCGUUCAGGAUCUUCAUGAUUUAGUGAGGCAAAGAAGUUUACUUGUACCCCAAUAUUCUUGUACAACUUAAUUACCCCCCCCCCCUCCAAAAAAAAAAAAGAAAAAAAAAGAAAGAAAGAAAGAGAAAGAAAAAGUCAAUUUUGUUGAUCUUCUAGGUGGAAUGUUACUUGUCAUCAAACUAAUUUGUGUUUCUUAAUCUUGUUCUGAGCCUCUACUUUUCUUCUAUUCUGAGAUCUGUAAAGUUGUUUUCUGCUUUGUGCAUGUCGAAUACACCAUCUUUGUAUCAGCUUGCAUGCUUAAAACAUCAUCAGUUUUCUC